AAACAAUUUCAGGGCUGCUGUUCAACACAACAGUUUAGAAGAAGAAAAAGACAGACACUGAGCUGUGAAUCAGUGAAGGACUAUGGCUUCUGUUAAAAAACUGCUCGUGGACUCACUGAAAGGGUUGGAAGAAGCUGAACUAAAGCAUUUUCAUUGGCAGUUGAAUAUAUAUGAUAACCGUAUAUCAAAGUCUGAAUUGGAAAAGGCAGAUAGAUUGGACACAGUAGAUAAGAUGGUAAAAUGUUUUGAACCAGAAAAGGCUGUGAAGGUCAUGGUCCACAUCCUGAGGAGUAUGAACCAGAAUGAACUGGCUGAAGAGUUACAGAAGAAAGCUCAGGAGGAGCACAGUAUGAAAACAUCUGUUGCUGUUGGAGCAGAGGUGGAAAAGGGUCAGCAAAUGACAUGCCAGCCUGCUGUUAACAACAAUAAAAAACCAUCAAGAAAAUACAACCGCAAGAAAUCAAUGGAAAUAGACCAAAGCAAUAGAAAGGCCUCAAAUGUUGCACAUGAUAUAAAGGACAACUGGAGCAGAAAAAUAGAGGGUGGAAGCAAUAAAGACCUACCAAUAUUUAAACUCCAGCUGGAUGAAACAAGUCAGAACAGUGAGGGAUUCUGCAGAAGAAGCACAUUUGGAAAAAACAUUGUAAAUAAGUACAAGACCAUUAUGAUGAUAGGAGCCACGGGUGCAGGAAAAACCACUCUAAUUAACAACAUGAUUAACUACAUUCUGGGAGUGCAAUGGGAAGACGACUUCCGGUUUGUGCUGAUAGAUGAAGGGAAGCAGACAUCAGAAAUCACAGCAUAUCAGAUUAAUCACAUGGAUGGUUUUCAGGUUCCAUAUUCUCUGACUAUUGUGGACACACCAGGCUUUGGCGAUACCAGAGGAAUUUCACAUGACCAGAAAAUCACAAAACAAAUUCAGGAGUUCUUUUCUCACCCUGGAGGGAUUGACCACAUUGAUGCGGUGUGUUUUGUAGUACAUGCUUCACUUGCCUGUCUGACGCCCACACAGAAGUACAUCUUUGAUUCAUUCCUUUCCAUAUUUGGGAAUGAUAUUGCAGAAAACAUCCUUAUGAUGGUCACUUUUGCAGAUGGGAAAAAACCUCCUGUUCUCGAGGCCAUCAAAGUGUCUGAAGUGCCAUGUUCUAAAGAUCAAUCUGGAGAUCCACUUCACUUCAAGUUUAACAACUCUGCUGUGUUUGCUAGCAACAAUAAAUCUGCAGAAGAUGAGAAGACUGGUUAUGAAAAUUUUGAGCAAGUUUUCUGGAAGUUGGGAUUUUCUAGCAUGAAGAAAUUCUUCACAUCCCUUAACAAGAUGGAAACCAAGAGUUUGUUUCUGACACGGAAGGUCCUAGAAGAGAGGCAGAAGCUAGAAGUGCUUGUGAAAAAACUCCAGCCCCAAAUUAAUGAAAUAGAGAAGACAAGAGCUGCUCUGGAGCAGCAGAAGGAACAUGGACAGGUCAUGGAUGUCCAGGAUAUUGUGGCCAGUCUAAUUGAACAAUCUCAAAAGUUAUUGGAGCAGCUGCAAGAAAGUGCACUCAAGCCCGAUCCUCUGUCCACCCCUGAUUACAUUGAUCUGAUGAUUGAAUCUGAGAAACAAGAAUGCAAGCCUGGAUUUCAAGAUCGGAUUCAGUCUUUACAGGAAGCCAGGAAGAAAGCAGAGAUCAUCAGUAAGGUUUCCACAGGAGAAGUGCUUCAAGAGGUUUUGGAAGAAUACACAACUGAAACAAGAAAAAAUCAAGCAGCUUAUGAUCCUAGAUUACUGUUCAAUCAGUUAAAGAAUUAUGUUGGAGAAAAAGCAACUAUGGUAGGAAAAAUCUAUAAUGCGUUUGUGUAAAACCUUAAGCCUUUAUCUACAGAUACUAUAAUUGUACUAAACUAGUUUUUCUGGUAAGAUGUUCAGCAUGCAUCUUUAUGGUAUUUAAAUUACUUUCAAACUUUUGAAAUCAUUUUUAAAAACGGUCUUCAUUCUACACAAUGUACAACAUAUCUUUAUUACAUAUUAUAACAGCUUGUUACAGUUACAUACAUUGAAUGGACAUAUUGAAUUGAAUGAAUUUUUAGUAACAGGGAGGGAGGAGCAACUGAUACCUGUGUAAAAAGAACUAUUACCAUGCAUGGGUGCGGUUGAUAUUUUUGCUCUCUCCCUCUCUCGCUUUCUAGUUUUGUGUUUCCCUGCUGUUUGAAGGAGAUACCUGUCAGUCAUCAUUAGUGUGUCUAC